GCCAAUAGUCAUGUUUUUUUACUGGAGUGACUGUUUUCUUUCUAUAAGUAUGUUGGGUCUGGCUAGGGGAGACUUGGUUCUUGCGGUAUCUGGGAUGCAUCCACUGUCUGGUCCUGAUUUGGAGAAACAAGUAGUCAUCCCGCAUCGCCGAUUUCACACUCCUGCACCAAGACAUCGGCCCUGUAUGCACACUAUGUACGGUAAAAAUGAUCAGUAUAAGUAGACUUCGACUAUAUACGUCUUGACCCUGAUCAAUUCGCGACUAACUUUGACUCGCCUUGGCGGAGUUUGUUUGAACUUUGGCGUCCACACGCACUUAUCAGAUAACUGCAGUCGUAUUUUUAUAAUCGGACUCGAGGAGUAUGUUUGAGGUAUGAAAGGUCAUAACAGCAGUUUUGAGGU